AUGCCAACCCUCGACGGCCUGUCCGCGACACGCAUCCUCCGCAGCGAAGCCCCUUUCACAACAGACCCCAAGAUCCGCACAACGCCAAUCAUAGGGUUGUGCACGACGAGUCUCCGUGCAGACCACAGACGCUUCAUCGAGCAGGGGAUGGACGAUAUCAUUGUGAAGCCGUGGAAUCUCGAGCAGAUUCAGCCGUUGUUGAGGUGGUGGGCGCAGAGGAGGGUUGCUGUUCCUGGGAUGGCGCAAGGGCAGAAGUAUGGACCUGGGUUUAGAGAAGGGUGGGGAGGGGAGUGGAGGGCGUUUAGGGGACCGAGAUCGAGGAUGUAG